AUGCUGAAGAUGUCCUCCAUAUCCGCCCAGGGAGUGGUUGAGCGCGCCUCGGCCGAACUAUCGAAACGCAUCAACGGCCUUGGGCUGCGCUCGAAGCACCACCACGGCGGCGGAAGCGGAAAGUCGGGCGGCGAGAAGACGAGCGUGAUGGAGCGUGUCACGAACGUGCUGUGCGGGGGUAGCAGUAGUAGUUCCAGCUCCUCCGGCGGAGUCAACACCGGUCCCACCAUCCAGACCGCCGGCCAGUCGCAAUCGGGUGGUGGUGGGCUGGGUGGAGUCGCCCCGGAAAAGCCUUCCCGCUUGUCCAACAGCUCGGGCGGUGCGGGUGGAGGUAAGGGAGGCUCUAUGCUGGGGUCGGGAGGUGGCGGUGGCGGUGGAGGAAGCGGCAGCAAGUCACAGUCGAACACGCCGCAGUCGAUGCGGAAGAUCGGCCACCAUCCGCAUGGAGGCAACCACCAUCACCAUCUCGGCGGGAAGCUGUCGGGGAUGGGUGGGACGGGGGGUCAGACGCAGCUCGCCCUACCGCAGAUCCUCACCAUCGAGCAGCUGCUGCAGGACGAACGGUUUCUGGCGCGCUUCUUCCUCUACUUCACGUCCUACGAGCGAUGUACGCUGGCGCAGGUGUGUCAGAAGUGGCGCGACCUGCUGUACCGGAGUCCGCGCUACUGGAGCGGGCUGGUGCCGGUGCUGCAGUGCCGGGAGCUGCGCCAGACCACCAACCAGGACCGGGUGAAGCUGUACAACUCGCUCAUCCGGCGCAGCUUCCACGCCGUCUGCCUGAUGGGCGCGACGGACGAGGACGCGCUCGAUCUGGUGCACUCGUUCCCGCUCGCCUCCAAGCACGUCCACUCACUCAGCCUCCGAUGCUCCUCGAUCAGCGACCGGGGACUGGAGGCCCUGCUGGAUCACCUGCAGUCACUGUUCGAGCUGGAGCUGGCAGGAUGUAAUGAGAUUACCGAGGCUGGCCUCUGGGCCUGCCUGACGCCCCGGAUAGUGUCACUUUCGCUGGCGGACUGCAUCAACGUGGCCGACGAGGCGGUCGGGGCCGUCGCACAACUGUUGCCUUCACUGUAUGAAUUUUCGCUGCAGGCCUACCACGUGACGGACGCAGCGCUAGGGUACUUUUCGCCGAAGCAGAGCCACAGCCUGAGCAUUCUCCGGUUGCAGUCCUGCUGGGAGCUUACCAACCAUGGUGUCGUCAAUAUUGUACACUCGCUGCCGCACUUAACCGUGCUUUCACUGUCCGGCUGCAGCAAGGUGACGGACGACGGCGUGGAACUGAUUGCGGAAAACCUGCAGAAGCUGAGGGCACUCGAUCUGUCCUGGUGUCCGCGAAUUACGGAUGCCGCCCUCGAAUACAUUGCCUGUGAUCUGAAUCAACUGGAGGAGCUGACGCUCGAUCGCUGCGUUCACAUUACCGACAUCGGCGUCGGCUACAUCUCGACCAUGCUCUCCCUGUCGGCGCUGUUCCUGCGCUGGUGCACCCAAAUCCGGGACUUUGGCCUGCAGCACCUCUGCUCGAUGCGCAACCUGCAGGUUUUGUCGCUUGCCGGCUGCCCACUGCUCACCUCGUCCGGCCUCUCCAGCCUGAUUCAGCUACGCCACCUACAAGAACUGGAGCUCACCAACUGUCCCGGUGCGUCGCAGGAGCUGUUCGAUUACCUCCGCGAGCAUCUACCCCGCUGCCUGCUGAUCGAAUAAUCCGGCACCGUAUCCGGUUCCUGUUACGGCGGUCUGCGCAAGCCCCCUUCGCCCGGCCAUGGCGCUUCACAGGCCCGAGCAACGGUGGUGGAAAAUCCUCUGCAGCGAAUCACAUCGGAGGCCUGGCAUCGGCUUGCAGAGAUUGAGAGAAUCCACAAGGUUGUCCCGUUUUCGCGUACAGUCCAAGCGGAGCUGU